AUGAUCCGUCUGCCCUCCGGCGGCAGGAAUAGUCCAGUGCUACAAGACCUACGAACACUACGGCCGACGGCGGACGGAGCACCUUCCUGCGAGUGCAAGAUGGACCACAUCGAACAAAAGCAGAGACAGCUGAAAGGUAUCCUCAAGAACUCAACUUCAGAGGCCGGCACAGCCGCACGCUCCGAGAGCGAAGCCAGAGAGAUUGCCAUUGCCCACGCCAGGCUCCUUCAGCAUCGCAAAGAACUCGAGGCCGAGAUACUGGACAGCUUAGUGCUUCUUUCCGAGUAUCCGCUAGUCAGGACGACGCCGUACUCGGCGGCGAAUCCCGCAGAGAGCGACGUGUCCGGGUUCAAGACGCACGUUCGUCUUUUCCAACCGUCCGACUAUGACGACCUGAUAGAGGAGCGCAAUGUCAACGAACAGUGUGGCUAUGCUCUGUGCGGAAGACCACGACGAAAGGUCGGUCCCGGCGGGGAAUGGAAGCUCACGGGCGGUGGCGAUAUCGUGAAGCGCAGAGACCUCGAGAAGUGGUGUUGUCCGACGUGCGCGAAGAGGGCACUCUUCGUCAAAGUCCAGCUGAAUGAGACGGCUGCUUGGGAGAGGGCAGGCAUCCCAGAUAUACAGAUCGACCUACUGAACGAGGACGAGUCUGCAGAAACGGACGCGGAUAGAACUGCCCGCCGGCUGGGGAGGCUGAAGCUUGAGGAGCAAAGACAGGCCGCCAGGGACGCAAAAACUCUUGCUUUAGAGAGGGGGGAGCGUGGCAUCGGUGAGAGCGCCGACAAAAUUAAAGUUGAGCUCACGGAGAAGGAGACCAGAGCUCCCAAAACGGCGAAUCCUUCGACGCAAAGUGCCGAUGACCACUUGAGAAUUGAGGGCCACAGAUUCGACCUGCCGAGUAGGCCGCGGGCGCAGAAUUGA